ACAUAGAACAAAAGAUUUGGGGCUAAAGUAAAAUUUUUGAAACUGCUUUCUUCUCCAUCGUUUCUCGGCCCAAAAAGCCCCAUCCCCACCAACGUCCAUCGCAGCCACUAUUCUACCCAAUUCCACGCGGCGCCAGAGUCGGAGACGGCGACAAUUCCGGGCAGUAGUCAUCCAAUCACGCGACUCUCUCCUUUUCUCUCUUCCUUCCUCUGUCCGGUGAGUUGCAGAAAAGAAAAGAGAGGGGGUUUUGGGUCCUGGGGUUUUGGUUUUGGCAGCUUCAUCAACCUAAAAAUCAAAUUAAUGAUGGAAGACAACAAUAUAAGAUGGCACCAGGAUGAUAAAAGGGAGGAAGAGGUGGAGGAAGAAGAGUACGUAUUGAUAAAUCUGGAUGCUGUGACGGACCUUGUUCACAUUCCUCCCAAUGCUCCCUAUGUUCUCUCUGGUUUAGACACACUAAAUCCAACUUUGAUCAUCGACGAGAAAUUUAGACUGAUAGGUGAAUAUGAAGAAACAAUUGGGACGUGCCUUGUUUUUAGCGAAUGUGAUGCUGCUCCUGAGCUCCAUCAAGAAACAGGCCCAUCUGAAGCCAACCUUUUCACCGGAAGAUGUAUAGUAGACAACAAGCGUGCCCCCACUAAGCAAGUCAAGCCAAUAACACAACUUCACAAGAUUCUAAAGUUUAGAUUGUCGCAAGAAGCAGACAUUGGAGAUUCUACAGCCAAGCAGACGAAUAUUGUCAAUAACGAGAAUUCAAACCUCAAAGUCUGAUGUUUUGCAGUUUGUGGUAGUAUAUUUUAGCAGUAGGUGAUUUCUUGCUAGGUAGCGUAGAUCGGCGCGUGCGUGUUACUUCUGGACUGUAGCCGGCAUAAUUCUUCGGUUGAUUUGUUUAACUGUAUAUGGGGAUACACAGUCGGUUAACCAUACCUUCGUCCUCAAAAGCGAUAAACUGUAUAUGGGGAAACUUAAAAAGAGUUAGUUUCCGUUGGUGUUUAAUCAAUUGCAUGGACCAUACUUUUAAAAAAAAAAAAAAA